AAAAAAUCCAAAGUGCGAUGACGGUGCUGGACGUUAUGACGACGCAGCUCCGUGCAUGCGAAGAGAAGCUAUCGAGCAUCCAGGACUACAAGGAAAAUGAGCUCACGGACCUGUAUCGAUUGGCGGAAGAAGCCAUCAAUGCCAUGAAGGCAGAGCAAGAUGCGAUUGAAGCCACCCUGCCGCAACUCGCAGACAAAGAACGCCAUGGCGCCAUGGAACGUCUGUCGAGAAUAGAUUUGAUGGAAUCCAAUGCCAAAUCCGUCCAAGACAAACUCACUCAGCUCCACGCUCACACAGGUGAGCUGUGCGACCUUCUGGAGCCCCAAACGACCCGGUUGAAGCACCUCGAGACUCAAAUCCAGUACUUCCAACUGCUCUUGGAGGUCGAAACAUUGAGUGCCCGCGCCAAACCUUCGGCGGGUUCCAACGGAGACAUUGAUGCGCUGGUGGCGAUGGCGGCGCUGAACCAGUCGCUGUCGACGCAUUUUGGGAUGGACGUGUCCUUUCAGCUCAACCUUCGUUCGUUGAUCAAGCAGCGCAUGGCGUUCCUUGCGGUGGAGCUGCAAGCUUUCCACACCAACGCCCUCGACGUGUCCAUCGACGCCCUCCGGUGGCCCCAAGUCAUUGCCGACACCGACUUGGCAUCCAACGCCGUGGAAGUGUUUCGAGACAAGUUUACAGCGUUGGUCCAAGUGCAGUUGGCUGUGGCGUCGGUCACGGCAGAAGGCGUGGAAUCCGAGUUGUCGGAUCUGUGGGCCAUGCAGCGGCUGCUGCAACCACUCGUGCGCCGAUUCCACUUCCAUUUUGAUACCCACGUCAAGACCAACGACGUGUCCAAGCCCGAGUGGUACCUCACGCACGUGGUCGAAGUGUUGCGAGGCCACAUCUUGUUUUUGGAGUCGGUUGUGCGGCCGGCGCUAGCUCGAGGACUCGUCGAGUCGUCCGCGGCAACACGCAGCAACAACACGGACGGCGUCGCUCUAUUCAUCCAUGGAUUGCUCCAGCCUGUUUGCGCCAAGCUCAAGCAGUCGCUUCCGAUUCUGGUGCUGAACAAGGCGUUGUUGUGCCAUACCGUGGACGAAGUGGUCGACUUUGAAUGGAAACUACGCCAAGAGUUCCAGUACCGACGACCCCCACGCGUGCCCAGCCAAAAGACCCUACUAGUACUCGACCAAGUAGCGGCCAACGCUGCCGCCUUGGACCUGUGGCUUCAAGUAGACUUGGAGUACGCGCAGAAUUUCACACUGGGAUUUCUCCGCGAUGAAGCAGACGUUGCGUGGACGACCGUGGCCGACGACGAUGCAAAAGUGACUCGGGCAGCGUAUGCCAUUGCAGCGACGUUUGACGUAUUGUCGAAACGUUUCCAAGUAUUGUCCGAUCCAACGCACCGGUAUACGUACGUGGCCCAAGUACUCAAACCGUGGCUGUACCAGUGUCAUGUGGCCAUCGAGCGUUUUGGUCAAAGCCAGCCUGUUAUGUCCCAACCAUUGGUUACCACGGCCCCUCCGUCGUCGUGUUGGCGGGCGGCUUGCGCGGCGGUUAAUACUGCAUGGUUCGUCCAGCAACUUCUUCGAGAACACGACGAGGUCAAGGCGUUCGUGGAGCUGCUGCCCAUCGCCAAAGUAACGCUGCAUCAGGCGUCGAUCGUGCCGUUAAAACUCAAGCAAACCGUGGCGGGGCUGUCCAAGAGCGUGCUGAAUCACCCGCUGCUCGAGACCCAAGAGGCCAAGAACGUCACGCACGGACUGCUGGGCCAGGGCUCGCUGGUGCUGCCCACGGCCGCCUUCUCUGCCGCGUACUCCGUCGGAUCGACACUGUUUCGAAGCUUGCAACGACCUAAAGAAAGCGUCGUGGAAGUCGUCCGAGCAGUGGAAGACGGUGCUGAAUUAGAUGAACGCGAGUCGGAUACGUAUACCCUGGACGGGUCGAUCUUUCAGAACGAGUGGACGUGGUUUCAAGCUGGCGUCCAGUCGAUGGAAGAGGUGUUGGUGGCCGCGUCGAGCGCUGCGAUUCGGGCGCAGUGGGGUCAGUACCACACCAGUCCCCGGUGGACAGAGCCAGCUGCAGUCGACCGAAUCGUGCCGGACGUGUCGCCCGAGUUUACCGGCGGCGUGGCGCUGUUUCGACACCAUUUGGUCUUUGCGCACGCCAGUUUGAAUCCGUCGUCGUUCGAGGUGUAUUGGAAAGCUCUGAGUAAGGAACUCGACGGCCACGUGCUGGCGAUUGUGCUGCAACUCAAGGCCAUGUCCAAGAACGGACGGCUGCAAUUCACCCACGACGUGCACGCGGUCACUCUGGUCUUGCGCCCGUACACUAGUCGGCCUGAUGCUUAUGUUCGGAGGUUGUUCCAUCUCUCUCAUCAGGAUCAUCGUUCAAUGUGGUUGGACACGUGGCCAUUCAUGAUGCAAGUGUACGUAGGCUGGUAGAAGCGUCGGCGGUGCUCCACAUGCCCACUGCCAAAGCCAGAGUGUUGGGGGAUGCGCUGGCAACCCAACACAAACUAGACAUGGCGUCCGUCCAAAUUCAAACCAUGUUAGAAGCGAGCCAACUUCACGCGCUAACGCCAUCCAACGUGUCCACGUUGCUUCGUAUGGGGGCGUAGUGAUGGCAGGGAUAUGUAACGCACUCGAUAACAUCGAGUGUUCAGUCUUGCACAUGCCGAGUUGAUUCUGUCGACUGGUGGCGGCAGGAUUGGCGGCACGGAAGCAUCGUCCAUGAUGGAAGUUCCAUGGGAAGCCCCGCUUGUGGCGGCGAUGUUGGGGAGAUGUCUACAGAACUACUGUCUAUAGAACUACUGGUGUCCGAUAAGUCUUGAUCAUGAACGGACUGGGUCAUGUCUGGCUUGAAUUCGCCCUUUGACGUUGAGGACGGGGGAGACACAGCUGCAAGUUCCCUCCGAAGCUGGUCGUUUUCCGACAUGACAGACGCCAUGUCUACACGCAACGCAUGCAAUUCGUCUUCCAGUGCCUUGAUCCGACCAGCCGAUGAGCCACGCGAUGGUGCGUCAUGGCACAACGCUUCCAAGCUGUCGUUUUCAGCUGUCAUCGUGGCCAGCACACGGCACACGGUGGCAUGGAGCGCUUCCUUCUCCUGUGUUUCCAUGGCUAAUCGAGCCUGAACACGUACGAGUUGGUCCUUGAGUUGAUCGACGGUUAGACACGACUGGGCAUCGACAGCAUCAGUGGAUCGUCGCACGUUGUUGGCGUCGUGGGGGCAACAAGUGCGCACGAUGAAUGUGAUGGUGCUGAGAAAUCGUCCGCCGACAAUACCAUCGAUAGAUGAUAUCCAAGGCUCGGUGAUGUGAGCCAGAGAAUUGACAAACCGAGGGAUGCCCACCCGCACUGCGACGAUUUCGGUCGCGGCGACCACGACUGGCACGAUUGGUAGGUUCGCCGCCUUCACACGAGCGUAGCAUGCACAGACUCGUCGUUCAAACCAUUUCAAAAGUUCACGCAGUAGGGACACUUGCAUAUCCGUGGACAAGUAAACAGAAGACACUUCCAAGUCCACCUUGUGCGUCUUCGUCGUCGUGGCCAUGGUCACGUGUGUAGUGGUAUGACGCACCCC